GUACAACACACAGACAUGAUGCUAACCCACAGGUCUCUGGAGCAGCUGCUGGUCUCUCUCCAGUGGGGUCGACAGCAGACCUACUACCCCAGUGGCCAGCCACUCAGCACGGGAGAACUAGCCCUAGCCAAUCACAAGCUGGCGGACGCCAUCAACUCCCGCCUGCUGGGGAAGGUUGGGCCAGUAGGGAGCAGCAGUGGAGCCGGGCUGGGGAAAGGAAGACAGGUCUCAGAGCUCCCUAACACCUCACACACGCCUGCUGAGAAGAUGGCUGAGAAGGUAGGAAGUGGAGUGGGGACCCCCCCCCAGCAGGACUCUCACACUGGCCUCUAAUCCAGAAACAACCCGCUCACUCUUUCUGUCC